AUGGCGGGCGUGCAAGGCGGCGAGGGCGACGACGACGAGUUCUUCAAGAGCGUUUACUCCAAGGGCUACACGCCGCCCGCGCAGUCGCACGCGGCGGGCAAGGCGGAGAAGCGGAAGGGCGGGGACGAUGCGGAAGGCGGAAGGCAGCGCGAUGAUGCGGGGACAGAUGUACCGACGGAUUUCGGCGGGAAGUACAGCAAGGCGUGGGAGGCGAAGGCGAAGGCGGCGGAGCGCAACUGGAAGAAGCGGCGCGAGGACGACCUCACGUGCCGCAUCUGCGGGGAGACGGGGCACCCCACUCAGGGGUGCCCCACUACCCUCGGCGGGGGCGGAGGCGGAGGGUUCGGCGGAGAGGGGGGCGGGCGCGGGGGCGGCGGAAAGCGCCAUGCGCCGUCCGCGUCGCACCCGUUCGCAAUCAGCAUCGGGGUGGCGGACAAGCGCAUGCGGUCGCGAAUCAUCGGGACGGCGGGCAUGGUCGUGCAGGGCCUGGAGAAGCAGACCAGCUGCCGCAUCCAACUCGAAGACGACCCCGUCGUCGGCGACGGCGCGUUUAUCGUCAAGAUUUCCGCCGCCGAUCGCGACACGCUGGCGGCGGGGGAGAGCGUGGUGCGCGGGUAUAUUGACCAGCUGCAGCUGGAUAGUUUGCGGAAGGGCGGCGGGAUUCUGGGCGGGCCGGCGGCGGUGCAGAUGGCGCUGGCGGCGCUGGCGCACGACCCCGCGCAGCAGCAGCUGCAGCAGCAGCAGCGCAUGUGGGCGACGGCGACCGCGGAGGCGGCGGGGGAGGCGGAGAUGGUGAUAGGCGGGGAGGCGGAAGACGCGACGCUGAGGCUGAUCGCGGCGCAGCUGGAGGCGCAGCGGCAGGCGGGAGGGGCGAUGGUGGGCGCAACGGGGAUGGCGGCGGAUGGGGGGGCGCUGGUCGCAAUGGGGUCCAUGGGGGGGAUGGGCGCGGUUGGCCCCAUGGGGCAGAUAGGGGCGAUGGGGGCAAUGGGACCGAUGGGGCCGAUGGGAGCGAUGCUUCCUGGGGGCGCCUUGGGCGCGUAUGGGGGACAGCGCAUGGAGGAGAUCCGCGGGCGGUUCACAGCGCUGGCGUCAAGCCUGUCGUCGCGGCAGGCGCAGCAGCGCGCCCAGGUGUACCUCAAGCUCAGCCAGCAGCACCCCCACCAGUUCCAACCUCCCCCCGCCCAGCCCCGCCCCCCGCUGCAGCCGCAGCUUCAGCCCCGUCCCCAGCAGCCUCGUCCCCAGCAGCAACAGCCCCAGCCGCAGCAGCCCCAGCCGCAGCAGCCCCAGCCCCAGCAGCCCCAGCACCAGGCGCCGCCUCAAGCUCAGAGUGAGCCGCAGGGGCAUGUGCAGGCUCAGGUGCCAGGUCAGGUGCAGGCUCAGGUGCCGGGUCAGGUGCAGGCUCAGGUGCCGGGUCAGGUGCAGGCUCAGGCGGUACCACAAGGUCAGGGUGUGAGUCAGGGAGGCGGGGGGUACGGCUAUGAGGGCUAUGGGCAGCAGCAGACUGGCAAUCAGGGGUGGGGGCAGCAGCAGCAGCAAGGAGCGCAGCACAGCUAUGGAGGGCAGGGUGGAGCAAACGAGUACAGCCAAACCCCGGGUUACGGUUACAACGCUGCUGCUGCUGUUCCCCCCGCUGGCAGCGCAUGGAACCAGCCUGCACCCAAUCCCGGGGCACAUGCUGGUGGGUACUCUGCUCCUGGCGGCGGGUCGGAGUCGCGGACGGAGUGGGACACGGGGAACAUCGACGCGGUGGAUCAGGACAUGUUUCGACGAGCCAUGGAGCAACCCACGCAGACGGAUCUCGCCGCCGUGCAGCCCAAGAUCGCGUUCCUCUUUCUCGUCAGAGGGCCGCUACCGCUCGAGCGAGUCUGGCAAAGAUUCUUCCAGGGCCACGAGGGGCGCUACUCCAUUUACAUCCACGCCUCCACCGCCGAUUUCGAGUGCGACAAGCACGUUAACUCUUCCGUCUUCCGCGGCCGCCAAAUACCCAGCGUUCCUAUCACGUGGGGCGGUCCCAACCUCAUCCGCGCGGAGCGGCGGCUGCUCGCUGCGGCGCUCGCGGAUCCCGCCAACCAGCGCUUCGUGCUGCUGUCGGAGUCCUGCCUGCCGCUGUUCAACUUCACGCACGUCUUCGACUACCUCAUGGCCUCCGACAAAAGCUUCGUUACAAGCCAUGCGAGCGUGUGGCGGUACCGCAAGGAUAUGGCGCCCGUCAUCAAGGGCCAAGACUUCAAAAAGGGAUCGCAGUGGUUCGCGUUGACACGUGCGCAUGCAGCCAAGGUGGUGGAGGACAGCAAGUUCUAUGAGACCUUCGUCAAAACCAACGCUGAGAUUCCCGACGAGAGCUACAUUCAAACCAUCCUCGCUAUGCUGGACCAAAAGGCAGUGGAGCCACGCAGUGUGCUGUACGUGCACUGGUUCACAUCCUCGUCCAGCCAUCCCAUGAGCUACAGCAAGAAUCAAGUCACGAGGGAAUUCAUCCUCUCCUUGCAACGGAGUCGAUUCCCACCAGCCGAAACAGUGGGCUACCUCAAGCAGUCGCCCUCACGGCCCUGCACAGUGGCAGGCCGGCCCACACACUGCUUUCUUUUCGCCAGAAAAUUUGAUCAAGAAGCCGUGCCAGCCUUCCUUGCGUUGCGUGAUAUAAUCGGCUUUUGA